UGUUAACGGCCAAACGCCGCAGGCGGGCGGGCGAAGCCAACAGCAAAGCGCCUCCCCUGCGGCGUAACGGCCGCCCCUUGGGCUGCGGCAGCGGGACCGCCCCCCGCGCCAGGCCCUUCGCGCCCGCUUCGCGCCGAGGAUUUAUGGCAUGCAUCAUGAUGGAACUGUGCUGGAAGCUGUCUGUCUGCUUUUUUUGCUAUCAGGUUGUCUCGGGCAGAGUUAAGAGGGAGGGACAUUAUGUUGCUGCUGUAUAUGAACACCAGUCCAUACUGAGCCCUGACCCGACAGCUCUCGUUGAUCGACAAUCUGCAUUGGAACUAAUGGGCAGAAACCUAGACAUCUAUGAACAGCAAGUAGUGGCUGCUGCAGGACAGGGGGCACAGAUCAUUGUUUUUCCUGAGGAUGGAAUCCAUGGCUUCAACUUCACCAGAAGAUCUAUUUAUCCUUACUUAGAUCUUUUUCUGCCUUCACAUUCUGUGAAAUGGAAUCCAUGCAAAGAGCCACAUUUGUUCAAUGACACAGAGGUUAUUCAGCGGUUAAGCUGCAUGGCGUUGAAGAACAAAAUAUUCCUUGUGGCAAACUUAGGAACUAAGCAACCCUGUGAGCAUAUUGAUCCUCACUGCCCCUCUGAUGGAAGAUACCAGUUCAAUACCAAUGUGGUGUUCAAUGACUAUGGUAUGCUCGUAGCUACAUACCGCAAAUACAAUCUGUAUUUUGAAUAUGCUUUUGAUGCCCCUCCAGAGGCUGACUAUAUUCUCUUUGAUACUCCUUUUGCUGGCAAGUUUGGCAUGUUCACUUGCUUCGAUAUACUUUUCUUCAAGCCUGCAGUGAACCUUGUCAGACAACACAAUGUGAAACAAAUUGUAUAUCCAACUGCCUGGAUGAACCAGCUCCCACUCCUCUCUGCUGUAGAAUUUCAACAAGCUUUUGCAACAGCUUUCAAUAUCAAUAUUUUAGCAGCUAACAUCCACCACCCUACGUUGGGCAUGACAGGGAGUGGUAUAUACACUCCAGUCAAAUCAUUCAUCUAUCACAACAUGGAAAGUUAUGGUGGCAAACUCAUAGUAGCAGAAAUCCCUGUGAUUACCCCAGAAAACAAAACAAAUUUGGAGAGUAACAAAAUGUUCAGAGAGAACUUAGGUCACUCAUACACAGUGUUUACAAGUGCCUCUAUGGAUGAUCAAGUUUGCGACAAGGAGGGACAUGAGGCCCCCUGCAGAGUAUCAGAAAAGGGAAAUGAAGAGUCAUGUCCCCUAUUCUAUGCAGAAAUGAUGUAUGACAAUUUUACUUUUGUUCCUGUACAGGAAAACAAAGGAGAGCUCAAGGUUUGUGCCAACACCCUCUGUUGUUACUUAAAUUAUCAGAGAGCUGUUUUUACCGAUGAAUUAUAUGCUUUAGGAGUUUUUGAUGGACUUCAUACAGUGCAUGGCACAUACUAUGUUCAGGCCUGUGCAUUAGUAAAGUGCAGCAGUCUCCAGUUCAGCACUUGUGGGCAGGAGGUCACAGAUGCCACUGCUUUGAUAGAUUUCCAGCUAUGGGCAAAUAUGAGUACUCCUUAUAUCUUUCCUUUACUGCUGACAUCUGGUGUUACCUUGGACUUUGCUGAUCACAUGGGCUGGAAAAAUAACCACUAUUUCAUAAGCAAAACCAGAACAUCUUCUGGCCUAUUGACAGCUGCUCUAUAUGGACGAUGGUAUGAAAAGGACUAGCACAGAUAUUUGACUAAAUCAGAGUGCAACUAUCUAGAUUUUCAAGGCAUAUAUCUUAACAUGAGUUGGUGAACAUAUGAACUUCCUAGAGUUUCAACUAUUUGCUUGUGACAUGACUGUCCUAUUAGGUUUCACAUUUGAAAUGAUAACUAAAGCACUUCGUUUGAAAGGCUAUAAACCUCAGCAUGCAUCUUGGAUACUUGCAUCCUACCAGAAGUAACAGAACUACCCUGCAAACAUAAGAGCUCAUCAUAAUGUAUUAAGGUGUUUUGUAUUAGGAAAAUUAUAUUUCUUACUUCAGCUGAAUUUUCUCAUUUUAAUUUAUAAUCCUUUGGUUUUCUGGGGUCCCGGCUAGCGGUAUCUUAAAUCGCUUUCUUGGCAUACAUUUGCCAAUUCAAUUUCUGCUUUUAUUAUUAAAUCUAGCUGUGAAUUUCAAAAGGGUGUUUGCUUCCCUUGUACUUAGCAGAAAUUCAAUUAAAUGGGAUGAGUGAAAUCAUGCUCUGAUCAUGCAGAGUAAAAAAUA